AAGAUGUCGCACUUCCAAGUGUUCAUUUGGACACCAGAGAGGAAGAAACGCGUGACGUAAUUUAGUUUUUCUAAAAUGGCGUCGCGCUUGUAACCAACCGUGUUUUUUUUUACGUUUUACGAAUCUUAACACUUAUUUAUUGGAUAUUGACAAGGUAGGUUGAGUCAUGGCUGAGCAGAGUAACGGUAACGCGGAGGGUAUGGUGGGCCUGGAUGAGCCCAAAAAGAUGACCCGGGAAGACUGGAGGAAGAAGAAGGAGCUGGAGGAGCAGAGAAAGCUGGGAAACGCUCCAGCUGAGGUGGAUGAAGAGGGCAAGGACAUCAACCCGCACAUCCCUCAGUAUAUUUCCUCAGUGCCGUGGUAUAUCGACCCAUCCAAAAGGCCCACACUUAAACAUCAAAGGCCGCAGACGGAAAUUCAGGAGCAGUUUUCUGCCAUCGGAGAAUGGUACAAGAGAGGAGUGCAAGAGAGCACGGUUACAACCAAGUACCGUAAGGGUGCCUGUGAAAACUGUGGCGCAAUGACGCACAAGAAAAAGGACUGCUUGGAGCGGCCCAGAAAAGUUGGGGCCAGGUUCACAGGCAUGGGCAUCGCCCCAGAUGAACAUUCUCAGGUCCAACUCAAACUGGACUACGACGGAAAGCGAGAUCGCUGGAAUGGCUACGACCCUGAGGAACACCAGCGCAUUGUGGAGGAGUACGCCAAAGUAGAUCUGGCCAAAAGGACGUUAAAGGCUCACAAGCUGCAGGAUGAGUUGGCUUCAGGAAAACUGGACCAAUCAGAGCGGGAGCAUGACAGCGAGGACGAAGAUGAAGAUAAAUACGCAGACGACAUCGACAUGCCGGGUCAGAACUUUGACUCCAAGAGAAGAAUCACCGUCAGAAAUUUGCGUAUCAGAGAAGACACCGCUAAAUACUUGAGGAACCUGGAUCCAAACUCUGCCUACUACGAUCCAAAGACGCGAGCAAUGAGAGAGAACCCGUACGCCAGCACCGGCAUGAACCCCGACGAAGUGGGGUAUGCCGGAGACAACUUUGCCCGCUAUACUGGAGACACUAUAACCAUGGCUCAGACGCAAAUGUUUGCAUGGGAAGCCUACGAGAGGGGCUCUGAAGCGCAUCUGCAGGCCGACCCCACCAAGCUGGAGCUGCUUCAUCGGUCCUUCAAGGUCAAGAAGGAGGACUUUAAAGAGCAACAGAGGGAGAGCAUCCUGGAGAAGUAUGGCGGCCAGGAGCACUUGGACGCACCCCCACGAGAGCUGCUGUUGGCUCAGACGGAGGACUACGUGGAGUACUCUCGUCACGGCGCGGUAUUGAAAGGUCUUGAGAAAGCAAUCGCUCGCUCCAAGUACGAAGAAGAUGUACUCAUCAACAACCACACCUGUAUUUGGGGCUCCUACUGGAAGGACGGCUGCUGGGGAUAUAAGUGUUGCCAGUCCAUGGUCAAGCAGAGCUACUGCACAGGAGAUGCUGCAAUUGGAAUUGGCAACGCAGAGUGUGUUCCAUUCGAAGACGGUAUGAACGACCCUCAAGAGGAACAGCCGAAGACUCUGCUGGAGAUGCAUCAGCAAAAGAUGAAGCAGAAGAAGAAGAAAAAGAGGAGUAAAAAGAACAAGAAGCAUGUCUCAGACGGCAGUGAUUCAGAGGAUGAAGAGAAGAAGAAGGAGAAGCUGAAGAAGGCGCUGGAAGCAGAAGACAAUCGUGUGAAGCACGUGGAAGCAUUGAUGCAGCUGGACGAGAGGAAGAGGCCGUACCACAGCCUGCAGGAAGUGAAGGCCCCCACUGAGGAGGAGAUGGAAGCCUUCCGCAUGAAACGCUGCCGGCCUGAUGAUCCCAUGGCUUCCUUUCUAGGACAGUGACCUCUCCUUUGUCCCCACUUCCAAACGUUUGCCCACAACUGUCCCAGAGCUGUUGCUCGGUGGAACGGUGUCUCGUACACAAUAUACUCAGCUUCAGCUUUGCAAACGUGCUGCUGAAACCCACACUGCAUCUUCGUUUGGAGCACAUUUGUUGUGUUUUUCUGUGGCAAAGGGUCUGCAAGACUAGUAUUGGUGAUCGGGGUUUUCCAGUUCUAUGGAAGAUGUGUGAAAAUGACAGUUUUCUUAUUUUAAAAGCAUUGUAGUCAAACCAAACAUGUAACAGUCAUUACAUAUUGUAGUCGAUACAAUUAUAAAUGCCUACAUUUUUGUGAUUGUUAGUUUUACAGAUACGUAUGGUAAGAGACCAAAUUUGUCAAACUUCCAAGUGUGUUGUUCAAAAGUAAAACCGUCAUUUCAAAGGGCUCAAAUAUUUACUUUCUCACAAAAACGCCGGUUACAAUGUUUCAUUAAAAUCCCUCUUUCAAAGCAUUCCCUAAUUAUCUCCGGAACGUGUCCAUGUUUAAACCAAAUUAUCUGGAAAAAUAUGCCUCAAAAGUCAACCAAUACUUGGCUCACACCAUUGUCAUGCAUGAUGUCACAUGACCUCUUUAGGGCCUUCAAACAUCUGUUUUUUUUCCUUUGGCUUCUUUGCAACGCCACCAAAGAAAAGGUACGAGUGGUGGCAAAAAGGAAAUGUGUGAUGAUAACCGUAGAACCAGGACUGUACCAUACUGAGACAUAGAAAAGCACUUGGAUACACUGUACAAAUGAGGCA